AAGCUGCAAGCCAAGUUGCCCCGCGUCGCCGAACGCGACCUUGUGGGCUGCCGAUCCACACUGCAAGGUCCAAAGUGCCUUGAGAUGGGCAGCUGGAGAAAUCCUUAUGCCUCAACACCAGGCGGAGCAUAUUCUGGCUACUCCGCAUUACCAUAUGCGUCCAACGGAAACGGCCAUGCUGGCCUCACCGUCAAGGAAGCCUGCGAUGCUGCAGGUCGUGGAGAGACCAGCGGUGAAUGUGUUGCGGACCAUGAGAUCAGUGUGAUGGGACCUGAUGACAGGCCAGUGCAGCCGGUGAAGGUUAGCUCGUUUCAAGAGAUUCGAGAGUUUCCUCCAGAGAUCCAAGACCAAUUUAGGCGCGCAGGCUUUCCUGGUCCGUCACAAAUCCAGGCGUACACCUGGCCCCUUGCUUUGCAGGGCAAGGAUGUGAUUGGGAUUGCAGCAACAGGGAGUGGCAAGACUCUUGCCUUCUUGCUGCCUGCAUUUUGCGAGAUGAGAAGAAAAGGUCACAACCCAGAUAGAUAUGGACCUGGUCUUCUUGUUAUGUCUCCCACCAGAGAGCUUGCGCAGCAGACAGAAGCAGAGGCCCAACGAUUUGGAGCAUCCAUAGGUUUCAAUGUCGUGGCUAUGUAUGGCGGCUCUCCAAAGAAUGAGCAAAUCAGGAAGUAUCGAUACGGUGUUCACAGCAUCGUGGCGUGCCCGGGCCGUUUGAAUGACUUCCUGGAGGGUGGGCAAGUGCGCUUGGAUGCUGUCUCCUGCUUGGUGCUGGACGAAGCCGAUCGCAUGCUGGACAUGGGUUUUGAGCCACAGAUUCGCAAGAUUCUUGCCAGGAUUCCGCGCAAUCGUCACACCAUGUUCUUCACUGCCACAUGGCCGAGGGAGGUGCGAUCCCUUGCCGCUGACAUCCUGUACCAUCCGUACAAGGUAAUGAUUGGCAACCGUGAUGAGUUGAAAGGCAACCAGGACAUCAUCCAGCAGGUGAGGUUUGUGGACGGCUAUAGCAAGGAACGCGCAAUUGUAGAUCUGCUGAAGGAGGCUGGACUUAUGGACCGGCACAGCAAUGGCAAGGCCUUAAUUUUUGCCGGGACAAAGCGAGAGUGUGAGCGGCUCUCUAGCAGCCUCUACAGAGCAGGAGUCCCAUGCUCUUCGAUUCAUGGUGACAAGGACCAGCGGCAACGAGAUGAAGCCUUGAGCGGCUUGAAGUCUGGACACAUCAAGGUGUUGGUGGCAACCGACGUUGCAGCGCGAGGUCUUGACAUCAAGGGAGUCGGUCUUGUGGUUAACUAUGACGCUGCCAACAACACGGAGGACUAUGUGCAUCGCAUUGGCCGAACAGGGCGUGCAGGAUGUAAAGGUUUUGCAGUUACAUUUUUGGACAGAAGGCAAGAUGGGGGAAAAGCAAAGGGCAUCAUGGAGGUGAUGCAGCGGACAAACCAGGAGGUGCCUUCCGAAUUGAUGGAUAUGGCACGAUCAGGCGGCAACGACCGAGGCAGAUGGGGUGGCCGUGGAGGAGGCGGUCGAGGCGGCGGAGGUGGUGGUGGUGGUGGCGGUGGUUGGGGUGGUAACAGAGGACGCAGCCGCAGUCCUCGACGAUGGUAGAGCUAUGGUGAGUGCCGUGGACGCUUUUCGCUGGAUUUUACAUCGGGGACUGAGUGCUUCUUGCAAGUGCAGCCAGACCUUCCA